AUGCCUGUCAUGGCAAAGAUCCAGAAACAACACCGCCUUUUCUUUGAGGGAAAGCAGCUCAACGGCAACCUUACAUUGGCUGAUUAUGGCAUCCAGCAUCAAUCCACGCUUGACCUCCAAGAAAGUAUGCAAAUCUACGUAACCGAUACGCUAGCAGACAGGACCAUCACUCUUCAGGUUAACAGCUUAUAUACUAUUGGCAAGGUGAAGGCCGAUAUUGAAAUUUAUGAGGACUUUCCCAAGGGUCAGCAGUGCCUCAUCUUUACCAACAAACAACUGGAGGAUGACCGCACCUUGGAAGACCUCAGCAUUUGCAACGAGUCGACUCUUCUCCUCGUUCUCUACCCGAGCUUGGGAGGUACGAUGCCCAUCUUUGUGAAGACACUAGAUGGAAAGACCAUCGCACUCAAAGUUGAGAGAUCGGAUACCAUCAACAAAGUGAAGAUGAUGAUCUAUGAGGUGGACCGUACUCACCCAAGACAAGUACGCCUCAUCUUUGCUGGCAAGCAGCUGGAGAAUGGCCGCACCCUGGCAGACUAUAACAUUCAGAAGGAAUGUACCCUCCAUUGUGUGCUCUGGAGGGUCUAA